AUGAAUCUCAUCCUCUUCUUCCUCCCCUUGACGGUCUCCGCCUGGUCCAUCGCCUUCUACACCGGCGAGAACUGCGAGCAAGACACCUCCUUCAACGACGUCCAAUACCUCGGCGACACCCAAUCCGACUGCCUCAUUCCCGGAGAACGCGGGCAGGACGACGUGGAUCACUGCACUUGGGUAUGAAACCUCCAUACUCUAGAAAGCGAAAACGGCUAAUCAUCACAUGUCUCUUUCAGUAUACCAACAACGGCGCCGACUCUGCUGUCUGUACCGGUCCGAUGGAUCCGCAGCCCCAGAGCUGGAUGUUUGGUUCGAAUGGACAGCCGACGCCGAUGUGUUACGUCAACUAUGAGGAGGAGUGUGAUAUCUUGGAAUGGGUGGGAUUCUCCGAGGAAACAAAACUUCGCUGGAAUGAUGCUGAUGCAUGAGUAGGAGCAUGUGCCUGUCCAGGGAGAGUGCUACAAGAUCGCCGACCUCGAGGCUAAGCCGAGUGAGUUCGUUUUGAAGAUUAUGUUGAAUGGUUCUGACGUUUCGAUAGAUGGCAAUCCGAUUCAUUUCCGUUGCUUCGAUGGACAUAACAGCUAG